CAAUUGUCAAUGAUUUGUGAUAGAUCAAAGACUCGUCUUUUUUAGGACAUUAAGCUUAAAAAACUAAAGAAAUGUGUAAAAUAUUGUUCGUGUAAAAAUUUUAGUAUAAAAUUGUUAUCAAAAUGACUUUAAAUUUAAAACGAAUUACUUUAAUUCGCCCCUUGUAUAAUUCCUCUCGAAAUUAUUGCGAAUACAAAUCUAUUUACGAUCGAGAAGAAGCGAAAGCCAAAUCGCGACCGACUCGUAAAGUAUACGGAAAGGAAUAUCCUGAAUGGCGAAGACCUUGGAUACAGCGUGAUGGAGAAUGGAAUAGCAAAUUAUCUAUUUUUGUAGAAAAGGCACCCAGCAUGAGCAUACUAAAUGCCAUGCAAAGAAUACCAAAAUUAACUGUGAAUGAUGUGAAGGAAUGGUGGGCUAGUAUGAAAGUUCUACAGGAAAUACACAAUCAAAAAUUUUUAACUGAAAGAAUAGCUGCUUUAGGGUCUAACUUAGCAGCUGUGCACUUCUUUACAUAUAGACAAUGUGCAGUGAGACUCAAAGAUGAAAAACAAUGGAUUACUGGUGAUAUAACAACACUGAAUCUACCGGAUCAUUUUGUGGAAGGUUAUUAUGUUGAAGCUGUCGAUUGUACAAACUUUCAUCACAAUGGUAUCAGAUAUGAAGGGAUAAAGAACUUGAGUGGUUUAAAUUUCCUAAAAUGGUUGUCUCUUAAGAACAAUAAACAUGUAGAUGUGUGGUGUUUAGACCGAUUGGCGGGACAGAAUGGUGAAACUUUAGAAUAUUUGGAUCUACAGGGAUGUCAAUUAUGUGUGGGUUGUAUAUAUGCAUUGGCAAGAAUGCCAGCCCUGAAAUAUCUCACUAUUACUGAUCCAGGGGAUAAUGUUGAAGUACAGGCAGCACUGUCGCUGCUAGAGUCAUCUAAACCAGGACUUUUAAUUGCAGCCCAUGAUAAGCAAUAAAAAAUAUCACUCAGACUAGUCAGUUAUGUAGUGGUUGAAAUAAAUUAUUAGAAAAGA